AUGGGGAGCUCACAGCGGCCGGUGCAAACACCGCAGGCGGAGCAGGCGCUGCGGCGGGCGGCGGAGACGGCCUGUCACACAGCGGGCUACGUCGCAGCCACGCCGCCGCCCUCGCAGCACUCGCAGCACGCGCAGCACGCACUCGCUGCGGCCGGCUACGGCGCUGCGGCGGUCGCGGGGUACGCGCCGCUGCCCACGGGCGGGUACGACGUGGGGGGAGGCGGGUACGGGGGCGUGGCGCCGGCCGGGUAUGGCCACGGGUACUGCCACGGGUACAGCCACGCUGGCGCACCCGGCGCUGGGUGGUAG